CGAAGCCGAGAGCGCGGCGUCGGGACGAUUUUAGAACGGAGCAGGGCCUCCUGCCGUCAGACGUCUCGUGGCAUAGGGUGUGCUGUAUCAAUAUAGGGUUCAGGACAGGAACAAGCUGGCCGGUGGUGGUGGUGAACGGUGCAAGAGUCUUCCCGUGUAAUACGCGCGUACGAAUGUCGGCCCUUCGCGAGUAAUGUCAAUGCACGGAAAGAGUCGUCCUACGUAACGUUUGACGAGAUGACCUUAACAGAUCUUACGUCGAAGAAUAAAGGAUCGCCAGAAUGGAUCGAAGAAGAUCAGAUCGUGUCAGCUCAAGGACACGUAGGCGAAGACAUCAUCGUCGAACUGAAAUUGGUUUCAUCUGAAAAUUACGAUGAUUUACAAUUCGACUUAAUACGAGAUGGAUUGCCAAUUCCAUCGGAUCGGUAUCGAUUGUCGAUGCGAGGCAAUGUCGUGCAAUUGGCCUUGAAGCAAUCGCGUAAAAACGAUGCGGGUUACUAUUCUCUCGUAGCGACAAGACUCGGACAAGAAAACAAUAAAGGGGCUGUAAAGAAAAUUCAUCUAAGCAUCAGCGAAGCGAGUUACGAAGAGGGCGAUCCCCCAAUUUUCUUGAGAAGAUUGAGCGAUCUUGCGGUUAAGGUCGGCACUCGAACCAGAUUUCUGGUAGAGAUUCGAAGUUCAACCACUCCGAAGAUCUCUUGGUACAAAGAUGACUCACCUAUUCACGAGGGACCGAGAUUCUCCCUCGUUCACGAAGGAAAUUUUCACUGCGUCGACGUUGCUCCCGUUACGGUGGAGGAUCAAGGAUGCUGGACCUGCAUGGCGGAGAAUCGUAGCGGGAGAUCCUCGUGCACGUCCACUCUCACUGUCAUCGUUCCCAAGGCUUACAAGAGACCGGAAUUCGUCGAGGAACUUCGCGCGCUGCUCACUGAGACUGGUACCGUGUCGUUGGAAUGCAAAGUUAUCGGGGUGCCCACACCCGUACUUAGGUGGUUUAAAGACAGCAAGGAAAUUAAAGCUGGCGACGUUUUCGCGUUGACCGCCAAUCCCGAUGAUCCGACUUCCCUCGGCGUUUACACCUGCGAGGCGAAUAAUUGCAUGGGAAUCACCUAUUCUUCUUCAAAAGUUCAUGUAGUCGGAAGAGGAAGCCGAGAAGGUUCGCUGAAGCCAGCGGACGCUUUGGCACCGUCCGGACCACUUCCGGUGUUCAAAAAAAUGCUCCAAGAUGAGUGUUGCAGGAUCGGAGACACUCUUGUGUUGUCCUGCCGAGUUCAAGUACCACCCUGGCCGAAGGCAAUCGUUUGGUACAACAAAGGAGGUCGUGUCGAAGCCGACGAAAGAUAUCACAUAAUGGAAGAUGGCAUCGGAGGAUACUCAAUCGAGAUGAAACAAGUCGAGGCCGUAGACGAGGGUGAAUGGAAAUGCGUCGCUACCAGCGAGGAAAAUGUGAAGCAAUUUACGAGCUGCUACGUAGCCAUGUCUAUUCCAAGAAACUACAGAAAGCCGCGUUUCAUGGAGAAUCUGAAAGCAGUCUUGACGGAAGAAGGUCUUGUCUCGUUCGAAUGCAAAGUCGUAGGUUUUCCGACGCCGUUGCUGAGAUGGUUCAAAGACGGGCAGGAACUUAAGCCAGGAGACGUCUAUCAAUUAACCGGAACAAAUUCAUUAGGUUCAUAUUGCUGUAUCGCGAGAAAUUGCAUGGGCGAGGCCAAGAGUACGGCUGAAUUAACUAUCGAAGACAUCCAGAAUCAAUUAAACGAAGAAGAACGUUUCCAGCUUUUGAGCGUUAAUCAACCGCCAAAGUUUAUAAAAGGUCUCAGAAGUUGCGAGGCGAGGAUAAACGAAGAUUUUCGCUUUACAGUGCAAGUAAGUAUUGCACCGGAACCAAGUCUUUCUUGGUAUAGAGACGAUACGUUGGUGGAUGAAUCCGACAAAUAUCAAGCAGCAAAGGAGAAUCUUGGCACAUGUCAUCUCGAAGUGCGAAAACUCGAGUUUAACGAUCAAGCCGAGUGGAAGUGCGUAGCGGCAAACGAUUUUGGUCACAGCGUCACUUCCUGUUUUUUAAAGCUAAUCAUUCCCAAGCAUUACAAGAAACCGAAAUUUCUCGAGAGUUUGCGCGCAAUCCUGUCGGAAGAAGGCGCGGUAAAUUUAGAAUGCAAAGUUAUCGGUGUCCCGCAGCCGGUUUUAAAAUGGUACAAAGACAACGUCGAACUCAAACCCGGCGACAUACAUCGAAUUAUCUCUGGCCAAGACGGUACCUGCUGUUUAGGAACUUAUACCUGCGAAGCUACCAAUUGCAUGGGAACAGUCAGCAGUUCCGCAUCUCUAUUAGGAUUUGAAAAUAAGAAGGAAACGAAGGAGAUUCAGUCGCCAAAUGGCCACGAGCUGGCGAGGAAUCUGUCGUUGUCAACGAUACAUGAAGAACGAACUUCUCAAUUGUAUGAUACACCGCAGACGGAUCAUUCUGUCACUUUGGAUGAGCGUGGCGAGGUGUCCUUUAGUUUUGACGGCAAGGAAGUGUCAGUCAGUCUAUAUGAAACACCCGAUCUGACCGAGGAAGAAGCGCUACAGAUUGUCGAAAUGUACGCUGAUCAGUUGUCCGAACAUGUAACAGAGCACAACGUGAUCGAACUUCCGCCAAUGAGAUUCGUGAAAGAAACGUCUACGUCCGGUAAUUUGCUGAUGGAAGCCGUAGUAAUCGACGUGUCGCCCGAUUACUUCGUUAGUGCCGAAGAUGGCGAUGAUUUGCGAACAGAAGCCGACGUGGAGGACGUCUCUAUCAUGGAUGAUGUGACGCACGUCCUCUCGUCACCUGAACAACGCGAUUCUCGAGGUUCUUUAAAGAGAUCGGCUCGUUAUAACGGGGAUGAGGAGGUUCCUAGCAGGCCACCUCGGAAGAAAUCGACGAGUGUGUCGUCGUCGAAAAGCGAGAAGAGUCAACGAAUCGAAGUUUCCGAGAGCUUUCAUAGCGCUCAAAAGGACGAGCCACUCUUGUCUCCUCUCUCGUCCUUGAAGCAAGACGACAGCGAUACCUUCGCGGACGCUUUGUCCUCUGCGCAUCUCUCCAUUACAGAAAGUAUCCUUCAAAAACAUAUCGCGGAGGAAUAUGGUACGACAGAUACUAGAAAGCGUAGUUUGAGCGCUGGAAGAUCGACCGGCUCCAGUUUGGACGACGGAAUCGGUGGUGAUUCCUCCUUCGAUUCCGUGACUGGGGUUCCGAAAAAGAAACACCGUAAGAAGAAGAAAAAAGACAGGAGUCAUUCCGAGGAGUAUUCCGGCCCUAGCGAUUACGAGGAUAGAAGAAGAAGUAAAUCGAAAGAUAGAGCCGACGUGAAGAUAGAAUCGUAUCAACCUGUAGAAUCAGUUGACGGAACGGAAAUGGAAAAUAAAGUCGCACAAGAGACGAUCAAGAAAUCGUUUCCCGAUGAAAGACUGUUGGAUAAUUUAACGAGCGAGACGAAAGCUGUACGUACUUCGGAAGAGACUCGAGAACUGAAAAGAGAUAUUCUUGCAGAAUCAAGGAUGGUUCUGCGUACAACUUUAGAGACGUAUGAAAAAGUUUCUGACACUUUAGUACCGCGAUUUUCCAGUAUUCGCGAGCGACUCGACGAUGUAUAUCGAACACUGGAGAUUUCGCAAGAAAAGGGCGAGCAAAUUGAAACCUUGAUCAAUCUCGAAGUACCUCUGCACGCGUUGCUGAGGGCGAUCGAUAAAAUUUCGUCCUGCUCGAUGGAGAAUGCAGAAAUUAUAUACAAUUUUCUCGAACCGUCGAUCCUUCAGCUGUCACGCACCAUUGAAAAUCUCGGAUUGUCGUCUUUAAAGCCUACGCUGACGAUUUUGAGAAAAAUCAACGAGCGCAUUUGUAACAUUCCUAUCGAAACGGAAGAAUUGCCCGCGAUAAAAUCCAUCCCCGACGAAACACGUAAUAUAUCCGAGGAAGUUUUAGAUCUGCUAAUCGAUAUUCAGUCGACGUUCAGUGCGAUUUUAGAAUACAUGGAAUGUUCGAAACUCGCGAUGAACGGAACUGCUGCUUCGCAGCAGGCUUUAACAAGGUCGAGGCUCGCGGCUUGUUUAGUAGAAUUACGAGAAUGCGUUUCCCACACAGCGCAUACCGCGAUGACACUGAAAGAAAAUGAGACCUUAAACAGUUUAAUGGAAUUCAGGGAGCCCUUGUUGGAUCUUCAAGUAGUUGUAGCGUCAGAAGAACACACUUUUCGGGAAAUUACGACACUGAAAGAAAUAAGCUUUGCCAUUGAAAGACUGAAGAGCGUCGUUGUGACAAUAUUAAAAAAUGCCAAAAAUGCAGAGGCAGUUUCGCGGGUAAAAGUAAUUCUGCAGGUAUUGGAAGAUACUGAUAACGAAAUAUCAAAACUUAUGGAACAAUUGUCAGAGAAGGAAGCGCAAAAAAAACACGUGCUGAAAGACUUGAAUAUCGAUCAAAGUUUAAGCAACGUACAUUUCGCUUUAUCGUCGGUUUUAGAAAAGCAAGAAAAAUAUGCAAAUUCGUAUCAUUUAAUUACAUGUAUCGAAACGUUACGGCAGACAAUAGGUUCUUCGGCCGUGACAAUAGCUAAUUUAAAAAAUCCAGUCGACAAUGAUAUAACUCAACAGAUUAAUAAAAUAACUGAUUCGUUAUUAAAUCUGCAAAAAAGUUUGUUAACGGAGAAGCACGAACCAGAAGAGGAGCAAAUUCUAAUUAACUUGCUGAAUCCCAUUAAUAAAUUAAAAGAGAUCAUUCACAGCAUAAUAGAAAGCGGUUCUUCCGUCGAUUUUAUAGUACCUAUGAUAAAAUUAUUGGAAGAAAUAGAGAAAGAUACAAUUCUUGUAACAAAAGAAAUAUCGAAGAAAAAAUCUCACGAGGAAACUACUGCCAAAUCUCGAAGAGAAAGUGUGGAAAGGAAAAACGGUUCGAAAUCCAUUCUCGCUUAUCAAAUCAACCGUUCUUUAGAUCCUAUUAAACAAUGGUUAUCCACAUCCGAAGAUAGCACAAAAGACGAAAUAGAAUCUACCCUGAGCUUAACGAUCGAGGAUUUGAAGAGAGACGUCUCUCAAAUUGCUAUUCAAACUGCAUAUUCUGAACCACCAAACGAUCAAAAUUUAAUAGAAGCAUUGACUGAUCUUCGAGAACCACUAAUAAGACUUAAAAAUGCUAUUUCUGUAUAUCACAGACCGGAGGAUCUCUUGAUUUUAGAGAAUUUAAGUCAGCCUAUGAAACAUCUUCUGCAAAUUAUCACGGAUAUUCUUCAUGAACACGAGGAAGAAGAAUGUCUAAAAUCCGUAGCAGAUAUCGUCGAACAAAUAAAAAAUCAAAUACCGCUUUCGAUCAAAGAUGCUCUCUACCAGCAAGAACUCGAACAAUCUGUCAAAACAUUUAAUGUGGAAGAAGAAGAAGAAGUUAUUACAGUCUCCUCCCGAGAAACAAUUCCAGGUACUCUCACAGAAAUUGCGUCUACGCCAUUUGAAACCGGAUCACCUGCAUUGCCCAUUGAACCUGUAACAGAAGAUAAUUUCAAAAUAACAGCUGACGAUGUCGCUCUGCAGGCUUUAAAGGCUGCUAAACAAGAAAGAGAGGAGAAUGCAGGCAAAUUAAUGACAAUCUUGUCGGAAACCUUGGAGAAGCUUCAGUUGGAGAUGACUGGCAUUCUGGAAGAUUUCGAGGAAUCGGCAACGCGAACCACUACAAUUCCCCAAUCGAAAUUAGCCAAUUCUCUCGAAGAGUUGAGAAGAACUAUCUCUACAAUUCGGAUGAUAACCACCGUUUACGAUAAAGAAAUUGGAUCAUUUGAAGAAAAAGUUAAUCAGACCAUUCUAGUGUUAACUAAUUUAACACAACCGCUGACAAACAUACAAGAAUUGCUUUCCAGACCGUGCGAACACGACGUCUCGGAACUUAUGAUACUGAAUCGAUUAACGCCGCUGUUGAAUAUAAUAGAAAACAACGUGAUAAAACAAACGAUAAAUUUUGUCGAUAAAAAUGAAGACGCGAAUAAAGAGUUUGAAUUUCUUCUAUACGUGCUGAAAGGAAUUGAAAGGGAAAUUCCAAUUGUAAUUCAAGAAAUAUCAUCGAGACGAAAAAUGUUGGAAUGUCUCCGGGACAUUUCGAAGCCUCUGGAUAACAUUGUAGAGCAAAUGAACGAUCUGGAAAAAACUGGGGAAGAAACCCUCGAAACGGACGUGGCGAAUAUUUUGGGAAAGCCGAUCGCCGCUCUUUUGAAAGACAUCAAAACCGCCAUCCAAGAAGUAGAUACGCUGGAUCGACGAGGGCCGAUAAUUUUCGAAUUACGAAAUCUUCUGGAACCUUUGCUAGAAUUUCAUACCUGCCUUUCAAUGGUACAGAGCAGUCGACGAAGUUUGGUUCCCGAAGACAAUUUAUUGGACGAAAGAAGAAACGUUAUCCUGCGAGCUGUCGACGAUUUGCGGAAACAAGUCUGUCAUACCGUCGAAGCGAUCGCGAAUAUGGAAGAAGCCUCCUCGUUCAAUGAAUCCUUGACGUUGCUGAAUUCCGCGAUUCUGCAAGUACAGAAACAAAUCGGUAAGACCGAUUAUUCGCGCCGAUCUAGCAGCGCCAAGAUUCCUCUUCAGCAUCGACUUAUCAGUACUUUAAGUCGCUUAGCAAAGGCUAUAGUAUCUGUGGAAGAACACGCCGACACAGACACGUAUGGAAUAGUGUCCAAAUGCUUGGAGGCAUUGCAGAAACAAAUAUCCUUCACGCAAAUGCAAUUUAUUCAGAUUGGUAGCGAAUCGAUUGACGAAGAGGCCAUCGUGGAAGGCUUUCUUUAUCCGACUAAUCAACUUUUGUCGGCGUUGAAUGUCCUCAAAGAGAAUAUGCAAAAAAUACCGUCGGCGAUUUCACAUGAAUUGAUCAUUCAAUUUCAAGAAUUAGCCGAUUCGAUCUCGGAAUUAAAUUCUUCUUUGUCGGCGCACAAAGCGGAACUCGUGCAAGAAGGCGCUUCUAUAGGAGCUCCGAUCAUAGAAACCUUUUCCGCCGUUACGGACGUCUUAAGUCACGUGAAAGAUUCUAUAAAAACAAUAGAGAAGCUGGUCGAACAAAAACCAAGCACGGUCGUCACAAAAGUAGAAAGUGUUACCGAGAUUAUAGAGAUAUCGCAAGAGGAAAUUGAAAGUGUAAUGAUAAUCACGGAAAUACCUUCAUCGGCAGUUGCUCAAUCGAAGAUUGAAGAUACAUCUGAAAAAACAGAGACACCGGUUAUAGAAAAUCUAGAAGCGAUAAUCCGUAUUGAACAAACAGAAGAUAAUCUGACGGGUGUCAAAAAAUAUGAGGAAAAUCAGGAAGAAAACGAGAAACAAAAAUACCUGAAUCAGAUAUCAAAGUUCAAUUCUGCAAUAAAUAGCUUGGCACAGCCGUUGAGAGAACUGGCGAAUUUCGUGAAAUCCGCUACGCAAGAAUCGCUGACUUCAAAAUCUGAGGAGAAUAAACGGAAAAUACAAGAGCUAACAGCAUUGAUACAAAUUCUUUACGAUUUACAAGCUACAAAUACUUCUAUUAAGAUAGCAUUGUCUUCCUCGUCUCUUAAACUUAUAGAUAGCAAUUUUUCUCGUAUGGAAAAUAUCCUAGCUAAUUUUGAGCGAGCUGUCGAUACGGUUAUUUCCUUGACUGAUGCAGGAGUGAAACCAGAAUUAAAAGAGAACAUUAUGACGUCUUUACAAUCUAUCGCCGAGCCCUUGGAUGCUCUUGGAAAUAUAUUAGCAUCUGUAUGUCAGACGUUCGAUGGAGACAAGUACGUCGAUCAAAACGGAGAAUCGUUACCCAUAAUUGCAAAAACUUUAAUGCCAUUUAUUAACGACACCGUUAAAUCUAUAAAUGAGAUCCAGAUAUUAAAAUCUGUUAAAAUUAUUGACGAGAAAGAAACAGAAAUAUCGAAAAUAAAAGAGGAAGCAAACGAUAUCGAAGAAACAACUGCACGGCCUCUCGAAGAACUGAUAGAAGCUAUUAUGGAUUCCCAGGAUCAAGUUAAAUGCGACAAGACUUCGCCUUACGAAUCUAGUUCACCCUCUGCCGAUUUGAUCGAAUCGAAAAGUAUCGACAAUUUAAAAUCGAUAAAAGAAUCAGAAAUAAAUAAGUUAAAUGAAGUACUCGUUAAAGAGGCGGAUAAUUUAAUGACACAAGAUACAGUAGAGGUGCCACAACAAGAAUUGACAUCUGCAGAAGCGUCUACUCAAAUUGAAGAAGAACUUAGUGAAAAGAAAAGCGUGAUAACAUCUGUAACAGAAUCAUUGGAAGCAGUUGAAGAGCAAAAUUUAGCGACGAUUAGUCAGCAGAAAAUAGAAUUAACUCAAUUAUCUGAAAAAGAAAUAAUACAGAAAAAACAAAUAAAAGUUGAAACUUUGCAAGCCAUUAUUUCUCCUCUUCAAGUAUUACGUAAAUCGUUCGCCGAAAUCGAAGAAACAGGAAUUUUAGAAUCUUCCGACAAGAAAACUAUUGCAUUUUCGGUUCUGAUAGAACCAUUAUUAAAUCUAGAAAAUGCGUUAUCGACGGAAGUUGCUGAGGAAAUAAAGCAAGAGGCAGUGCCGUUAGAAAAAUUAUCUAUCACAUGCAUUUUGCAAGAAUUACAAAAAUCAGUCGCUACAAUUCAAGAGCAAGUACAACUUAAUGUAGCCGAAGUCAGUACAAGCGAAACUUCUAAGAUGCGUUUAAUGCAAGCAGUCGAGAAACCAUUAGAAGACCUGAAAAUGUCGAUCGCGUGCAUCCAGUCCGAUCCAAAAACUUGUCAAUUGAUUCAGCAAAAAGCGGAAUUAUCGAGCGCUGAACAGAUCACAAUUUUGCAAACACUUGCCAAAUCGGUGGAGCAAUUUGGAGAAAGAUUUAUGUCUAUUACCGAUGAGCUGAAAAUAGAAGCAGAAUCUAUGCCGUCAUUGCAAAUUGCAAAGCAGCAAAAAGAUCAAGAGAUCGAUCCGGAAAUUUUACAUAAGAUUGUUGAUCCGAUUCAUAUUCUACGUGAAACACUCUCUCAAAUCGAAGAAUUGAAGAGCCAUAAAACCGAGUUAUUAGAAAUGCCAGAACAGAAAAAAGAAAUUGUUCAAUUAAAUACGGUAAUAAAUCCUUUAGAGAAAUUAGAACAAUUAUUAAUUACAGAUAUACAACAGAUUGCGCAGGAAACAGAUUUUAGUGGAAAUCAGGUUUCAUUGGCGAGUGCGGAUUUAAAGCCUGUACUAGAAGAGUUAAAAAAUUCAAUCGUUGUAGUUCAGCAGCAAGCAAUCUCCAGCGAUGGUCCUACGGUAAAAACAUUAAACGAAGCUCUUGAAAAUCUAAAAAUGCCAUUAACAAUUAUCGAAAAAACGGUCGAUCACUUUGAUAAAGUUACCGAAACUGAAAAAAUAUCGACUUUACUAAGUUUUGCAAAAUCGGUGGAAGAAACAGCGACUCAGUUAGCUACAGCUAAACAAAAUAUAAUGCAACAAGAAAUACGAGAAGUUUCUCUCUUAAGAGCGAUAACUAUUCCAAUCGAAGGGCUACAAAGCGCAAUAUUGCAGCUCGAAGAUCAAGUGUCUCAAACAUCGGAAACAAAGGAGUCAACGAAACUUGUUGCUUUAGAAUGUAUGGUGCAACCGCUGCACGAAUUACAGCAAUCUUUCUUGAUCGCGUCUCAUCAAGAAAUCGCGUUAUCUUUGCAACGAUUGCCAAUCAAGCCGAUACUGGACAAUUUAAAUAAAUCUAUUGCGGUGAUUCAAGAUCAAGCUACGAUCGUUCAAGAUUUACUCGCGGAGGCAAACACAGACGAUCUGGCGAUAUUGAAGGAUUUCGCAAAGUCACUCGGUAAUUUAAGAACGUCGACGGUGGUCCUGCAACAAUUGAACGCGAUAGAAAACGCUGGUCAGCAAAUCGUGGAGAUUGAAAAUGCGUCAGCGUUACAAGCAUUCGCAAAGUCUAUCGAAGAGUUCCGAAAAUGUUGCUCGGUCGUCGUCGAACGGCCGAGAAUCAUCGAAGCCUUCGCGACAAAUACAGAAUCGACACAAUCGGCCAAAGUGGAUACGCAACUCCUCGAAAACAUCAUCGCGCCUCUGCGAAUUUUACAAGAGCAGAUUUUAACCAUCGAGGAAACAAAGAUGCAAGAAUCUGAAAUCCUGGAUAUUGCUGAAGUGAAAAAACCAGUCACCGUGUUGAGCAGUCUAGUCGGGCCUUUGCAACAACUUGAAAAGUCUUUCGUCGCAUCGGUGUGGAAGGAGCACGUGAUGGAACACGAUGGACAGAAUCUGAAAAGCGAAUCACCUUCCGUGGAUUUGGAAAAACUUGCUCUACAGCCCAUCCUCGAGGAAGUGCAAAAGUCUAUCGCCACUGUUCAAGAGCACGUGAUAUUAGAGGCGGGUAGCCAAAUGAUCUCGGAAGCGGAAACUGAAGCGGAAGCUUUGCUGAAAUCGAUCGCGCAGCCUCUGGUGGAUCUAAGAGCCUCGGUCGCGUCUAUUCAGCAGGUAACCGCACUUGCGCCUGAUUCGUUGAACGAAUUGGCACAGCAACAAAAUGUCUCGGCUUUGGAAACGUUCGCCGAGACUCUCCACAAUCUGUCGGAAUGUAUAGCAAUGUGCAAUCACCAGCAGAUAAUAAUGGAACCUGUGGCGGACACCAUUUCCGAGGACGCUUCGUCUUUGAACACGUGGGCAGACGUAAUCGAAGAAGCAUCAAAAGUCACGCAUCCGAUGGUGAUCGAUCAAGGCGCGAUCGAAUCUCCGCUCGAGAUCGCGAUGUCAAUGUCAGAAGAUGAGGCCUCCAUGUUGAAAACAUUAGCAAAACCUUUAACCGAAUUACGAGAAUGCCUAGCACUGGUGGUCGAAGAGCGCAAAAUAGUCGCGCCUAGCGAUACAGCGAGUUCCUUAUCGGAGAAGGAAAAUGUUUCUCUCUUGAAAACGAUGAUACAGCCUUUGUUAGAGUUAAAGGACGCAGCCACGGCGGUAAUUAUUCAAGAACAGACAGCUAUCGAACGCGCAAACGAACAUUCAUUCGCAGUCGACGGUAAGACUGAACUCGCUCUUCGUCCAUUGAUGGAACCUCUCGAAGAAUUGCGCCAUUCCAUCGCUGUAAUACAAGAUCAGAUGUUGGUCGAAACCUCAAUGGAUCGACCAAAAAGCGAAGUUGCAUUAGAUGCAUUGGCUGAGCCUCUGUUCGAUCUUCAGCGCGCCAUAUCGAUUUUAGAAGCACGAGUUGUGUCACCAGACAUCGAAUCGAUUCCCGAAGACACGAGCUGGAUCACGGAAUGUUUAGCGAUUCCUCUGCACGAGAUAGAAAGAUCGUUAGCCGACAUUCGACAAUGCACAAUAAUGGAACCUAAAACUGCAAUUGCGGAAGAGCAAAUAAAAACAUCGAUGCCAGAUUGGUCGAUUGUCGAGGAAUUAUCUAAACCAAUGGAAAAUAUUAAGUCAGCUAUAUUACAUAUGGAAGAUGACUAUGUCGAAACUGAAGUUCUCAAAACGAUGGCAAAAUCACUUACUAAUGUACAAGAAAAUUUAAUGUUAUUGCAAAGCAAACAUAAUUUAAAUGUUGACGAGGAAACCAGUAUCGACGCUAUUAUCGAUUCUCUUUUCAAUCUUGAGAAAUGCAUUUCAUUCGUCAAGAAAGAAAUUGUCGAUAAACCAAUGUCUGAACCAUCAAAGAAAAUAGAUACUACUAUAUCCACCGCUCUUAAUGCACCAUUAAACGAAUUAAAAUCUUCCAUUCUGACCGUAAAGGAAUCACCAAGCAUUUAUCUAAAGGAUUUGAAGAAACCCUUGGAACUCGUGCAGGAUGCAGUCGAAACAGUUAUAUCUAUACAACAAAAUAAAAAGCUGCUGGAAUUAUCGACAAAAGUAAUAAAUACUAUUUCGAAUAUUAAUACGUCUAUUGAAUCUAUCGGACACAAAUUAGAGGAACAACAAGUGUCGAUUAUCGAAAUUCACAUCGAAUGCGAGGCACUCGGAAUGUUGGCGAAACCUUUACAGAAUAUUAAACAGAGUAUCGCGCAAAUACAAGAAAAACCGAGUACUACCGAUUUAACGAUGAGUACUUUGCAGAAUCUCGAGAAAUCUGUUGCUAUAAUACGAGAGCAAUCAGCUGAUAAACCGUUGGCAGAUUCGCAGCAUGCAAAUUUCGGUACCUUCUCAAAAAAUUUAAUACUGUGUCUUCAUGAAUUGCAAGAAUCGAUAGAAGAGGCAAAAACAUUAUGGCAUAAAGAAACAAUAUUAGAAGGACUGACAAUUCUUGAGAAACCGAUUUGCAAAUUGCAAUCUAUAAUAAAUAUUAUGUGUGAUCAAUUUUUGGCAGGAGAAAUGAUUGAAACAAUAAAAAAACAGAAAACUGUACCUCAAAAGAAAUCUGCAAAGAAAGAGAUAAAAUCUGAAAUUGAAACACCUAUCGAAAAAGACGGUGAAAUAAACAAAACGGUAAAAGUAGAAAUAGAAGAAACUAAACCGGCAGAUUCUACAGUAAUCGAUGAUACAGUAGAUAAGAAGGAAAGAAAGAGUUUAGAAAGGAAACAAAAACAAGAAAAAGAAAAGGAAAAAUUAGAACAGCCAAAAGAUGAUAUAGUUGAAAAAGAAAAAGGAAAAGAAGAGGAUAAAAAGAUAGAAAAACAAGAAUAUAAGAAAGAAGCUGAUGAAAUAAAAAAUAAAAGUGAGGAACCAAAGAAAGAGGGAGUAGAAAAAAUAAAUAAAGAACAAAAAAGCAAAGAAAUUGAACAAGUAAAAGAAAAAACAGAGCAAAGUGAAAAAAGUAUAAAAGAUGAAAAAGAGCAGAGUAAGACAAUACAAGAAACUAAAAGUUUAAAGAAAUCUGAAGAAGCUGAAGAAAUAAAACAAGUUGAAAAGCAACAGGAGAAAGUGAAUGUAACUGAAAGUAUAAAAAAUGAAGUAGAAGAAUCUAAAAAAAUUAUAGCAACUGAAGAACUAAAGAAAGAAGACAAUGAGCAACAAAACAAAGAAAAACAUGAGAAAAUAGAUAAAGUUAUAGACGAACAGAAGGAAAAGCAAGAUACUAUACAAGAAAGAAAAGACUCAGAUAAAAGUAAGAAAACUGAAAAAGAUCUAAAGAUAGAAAAAACAGAAAAGAAAACAGGAGAAGAAAUCAAAGAUAUAGAAAAAAAAGAAAUACAAGAAAAGGAAAAGAAAGAGGCUGAAAAGAUAGGAAAAGGAGAAUUAAAAGAUGUAAAAGAAAAUGAAAAAGUACAGAAAGAAGAAAAAGAGAAAACAGAUAAAACACAGCAAAAAGAACAAGAACAUGUAAAGGUAGAGGAAAUUAAAGUGGCACAGGAAGAAAAAGUUACGCGCGAUCACGAAAUGGAAGUCGAAGAAGUAAAGAAACAAGAGGAAAAUAAAACUUUAAAACAAGAUAAGGAGCAAGAGAAAGAAAAUGAAAAAGAAAAGAUCAAAAAGAUUGAAACGCUGAAAGAGGAGAAAGAAAAACCGGUACAAGAGAAGCAAGUAAAACAAGAAGAAGAUGAAAAGUCAAAAGAUGAGAAGACGAAAGAAAUGAAAAAGAAAAAAGAGGAGUCUAGUAAGAAAGAUGAGUCUAAACAAGAAAAAAUAACAAAACAAGAACAAGUGGAAGCAGUAAAAACACAAGAGCAGAAAGAAAAAGAGAAUAGAAAAGUAAAGGAGAAAGAAGACGAAAAAGCAAAAGAUGAUAUAAAAGAAUUAGAAAGAAAAGAAGAAAAAUCUAACAAAAUAGAGAAAUCAGAGAAAAUGAAAGAAAAGGAACAGGAAAAAGAUAAAAUUGAAAUAUCAAAGAAAAAAGAUGAGGAACAAAAACAGCAAACUCAAAUUGAAAAAAUAAAGAUAGCAGAAGAUAAACAAGUUGAAGUAAAGAAGGAUGUGCAAGAAGAUAAGAAAAAGGAUAAGAAGGUAGAUAGAAAGAUAGAAAAGGAAAGGGAGGAACAAAUAGAAAAAAGAAAAGAAGAAAUUGUUAAAACAGAUCAAGUAGUACAGCAAACUGAAAAUGAAUAUAUAAAAAAAGAAAACGAUAAAGAUAGGAAUAAACAAGAAUAUAAAAAAGCAAGAAAAGAUCAAGAGUUAGAAGAAGAGAAGACACGUAUAAAACAAAAGCAAGAAGAAAAAUUAAACACGGAAAUUCAAAAAUCACAGUCGAGGGAGGAUAAAGAUUUACGUUUAAAAGUAGAUGAAUAUCAAGAAAGACAAAGAAGUGACAGAAGACAACAAGAACAGAGCAAAUCGCAAUUUGAAAAAAUAGGAAGAACGAAAAGAGAGGAAGAACGGAGGCAGUGGAGAUCGCAGGAUGAUGAAAAUUGUUUACGCACAAGAAAAGACGAGCGAAUUAACAGAAGUUAUGAACACAAAUUAGACACAGAAUACAAAGAGGAAUACGAUCGUCAAAAAAAAGAUGAUAAUAAAAGGCUACAUCGAAUGGAAAUGGAUCGCUUAGAAAAGAAAAGAGACGUGGGACGAUCCAGAAGAGAUGAAACUGAUUAUAUAUUUAGAGAAGAUGAGGAAAAGUACGAGAAAAGAAGCGAGGAAAAGAGAAUCAGAGGAGACGAGACUGCCAGAUUAGUAUGGGAAGAAGGACAAAAAUUGCGAAAAAGACAAGAGGAAGAGAUAGUCAGAAAUAAGCAGAGAAGAGAGGAGCUGAUAAGAGAAAGCGAAUGGUCCAGAAGACGUGAAAACGAAUCCGAUCGCUUUCUUAGAAACAUGCUGGAAACCAAAUACAAACCAGACAAAUCGAUCGGAAGAUCUUUCGAGGUCGAUUAUUCGCGAGAAUAUACUUCACGAUUUGACUCUGGCAUCUCGACGCUUUCUAGCACUUCCAGAUCAUACAGCUGGAGAGAUUCUUUGACGUCAUUAAAUAGACGAAGAAUCGACGACUGGGAUUAUAAAUUACACAGCUCUUCCAUAGAUAAACAUUAUUUCGACGCAGGAUCGUACAGAAGGCGCAAGAAAAGAGAAAAUCGUAUGAUUCGCGCGAGAUCGACUAGUUUGCUGAAGUACGAAGACUAUUCGACCGGAGAUAGCGAUGCUACCAUCGUCAGCACUCGACGUGUCCGACCUGUCCGACGCACGAAAACAGAUAUUACUCCACGUACGAAUUUCAUUUACGAGUCCAGUUCGUCUAGCUACACUGGCUUCGGUCAAAGUGAGGAUCUUCCAUGGGACAAACCGAAGAAGCCAUCGUUCUGCACGAGACUGACAAACAGAGUCGUAGAAACCGGGAUGAGAAUAAGACUGACUUGCACGAUUCUUGGUAAUCCGGAACCGCAUGUUUAUUGGACUAAAGAUGGUCAAAAGUUAGAUGUAUCAGAUAGUCGCUGCAGAACGCGAUACGAAAAUGGUAUGGCCUAUCUGGAAUUAUAUGACGCUCUUCCGGCGGAUGCCGGAACUUAUACAUGCAUAGCUGAGAAUACACACGGGAUUUCGAGCACCGAAUCCACCUUAAGGGUUUACUCCGAUUAUAAACCUACACAUUCGCCUCCGACAUUUGUAAAAUCCAUUAAAGACACCUACCGAUAUUCCGAUCGAACACUCAUCUUGGAAUGUCGUGUACGAGCAAAUCCAGCUCCUUCUAUUUCCUGGCUGAAGGACGGGCAGAUUCUUCAGGGCGAGCGUUACGAGCGAAAGUAUCUCGAUGAUGAUGUGUAUAGACUGGAGAUAGCGAAUCCUAGUGCCUCGGAUAAUGGAAGAUACACUUGCCGUGCUGUAAAUGAACUGCACACAGAGGAAACAUCCCAUAUGGUUCAUGUUGAAGACUGGCGAUCCGCGAGUCAAUACGAUCUAAAGUUGAGCGACGGAACUGAGCCGGAAUUAACGCGACGACCACGAUUCUCCAAUCUAUUGAAGGAUUACAACGUGCCUGCUGGCGGUACCAUCGCUCUUCAAGUAGAAGUUAAAGGUGUCCCAGCUCCGGAAGUGAGAUGGUUACGCGGUGACCAGAGGGAGCCGAUCGCGAUACCGAAGGCGAAAACCUUCACCGAACGUGGACUUCACACGUUAAUUGUACCCGAGGCGACAGAAUCGGAAAGAGGCACAUACGUGUGUAGAGCGAUUAAUGCUUACGGGCAAGUUGACACGUCGGCGACAGUGGAUGUAAUAUCAGCGAGCGCUAUCGAUGGCGGAAAACCGGCGAUGUUCGUCUCGAGACCGUCCAAGAAAUCGAUCGACGUGACCGUCGGCGAAGACAUUAGUAUAUCCUUCCGAGUCAGCGGCACCCCUAAGCCACGAGUAAUCUGGAUGAAGGGAUUAACGGAUAUCACGGACGGGCCGAGGUCGUACAAGGAGAGUAUCGAUGAUUAUGUCAGAUUAACAUUAAAAAGAGCCGUGGCUUCCGACGAAGGUACUUAUUGCAUCCUGGUUAAAAAUAGAUACGGCUGCGACAGAAGCUUCUUCUCGCUUAAGGUGAAGCAACGCGCCAGGUCGUUGACUCCAUCGCCAGAUUGGAAUUCCGUUGCCGAACGUGAUGCAGGCGAAGAACACGAUGACGAUAUGUCAUAUGUGAGAAACGUACCUGGUCCAAUCAGCAGUGAACCAGUCGCUAUUGAUGGUGGAAAGAAUUGGUUAUCGUUGACUUGGGGUAAAGCAGAGAGAAGAGGACCCGCGCCGGUGAUUGCUUAUAAAGUCGACGCUUGGCUUCUGGGUAGCGAUGGGGGUGCACGAUGGGUGGAGCUGGGAAUCACGCCGAUCAACGCGUUCGACGCGUUCAAUUUGCGACCGGGUGGAGAGUAUAAAUUCCGCGUGACACCGCGAAAUCGUUACGGAUGGGGCGAACCUGUUACUAUGACGAAUUCGGUGUUAGUGAGCGAAAGUACCGAUCUUCCGGAAUUUACGAAAAUUUUACCUGGUCAAUUGAAGGUUCUCGAGGGAACGCCAUUAAAAUUGGAAUGCGAAAUUCGCGUUGAUUCCAAAAUGGACAUACGAUGGUACCGUGAAACAACGGAGAUAGAUUCUCACGCUGAUUCGAGAUUCGCGAUAUAUUACGAUGGUCCCAAAUGUUUCUUAACAAUUGAGAACAUCAAAGAGGAUGAUUCCGGAAGAUACGUUUGCGAGGCGAGCAACAAGAUCGGUAAAAUGUCGUCGUUCGCUAGGGUUUUCGUUGUUAACGAUCCGAGAAUUAUCGAGGCCGAUGCGAAACUCAGAACAAAUCUGAGCAUCGAACCGGAAGAUAAACCGCCGCAAUUCACCAUGAGAAUACGAGACAGGCGAGUGCAGACGACUUAUCCGGUGAGGCUUACCUGUCAAGUUAUCGGACAUCCCGUUCCAGAGAUCACGUGGUACAAGAAUGAAACGAGAAUCUCCCAAGACGAUCGUCACAUCUUCUGGGACGACGACUCGAACUUCCACACUCUGGAAAUAAUCCAUUCCACCCUCGACGACUCCGGAUGUUACAUGGUGACAGCGAGAAACGUGAACGGCUCGGUGUCUUGUCGAUGUACCCUCGUGGUAGAUAAGGGAAUUCGAGCUUACGUUGCCCCGGAGUUUCUUCGCGAUCUUGACGCGGCUUACACGAUUCAUUCUGGCGCGGAGUUGCGAAUGUCCGCGCAACUCGAGGCUUAUCCGAGUGUCGGGGUCGUCUGGCAUCGCGAUGGUAUCCGACUACGACCUAAUAGAAGAGCCGUAAUGACGUUGAACCACGAUGGUUCCGUCCAAUUUUCUCUGGCUAAUGUUACUGUGCGAGAUGCCGGAGUUUACAGCUGUACCGCGACGAAUGCAGUCGGUCAUACGGAGACUUCCACUAGGGUGGCUGUCAUCGCGGAUGCAAUUCCGGAUCAGUUGUCCAUUGGAUCAUCCAAUGUCAUGAGCGCAUCAUCUCCGGAUAUACCAUAUUCCAAGGAACCGCUUUUCGUCACGAAACCAUUAUCAACCGAAGCAGUCGAGGGCGAUGCGGUCAUCAUACUUUGCGAGGUCGUCGGAGAUCCUAAGCCCGAAGUAAUAUGGCUGCGCGAUUUUCUCAAGCCCGAUUAUUACAAGGACGCGCCUCACUUCCGGCUGGUGGGAGCAGGACCACAGUAUCGGUUGGAGAUACCUUACGCCAAACUCGACUUCACCGGGACCUAUUCCGUGAUCGCUCGCAACUGUCAUGGGGAAGCUAAGGCUGUAAUUUCCCUGCAAAUUUAUGCCAAAGGUCAAGGCAAAGAGGAACGAACGCAAAAAUCUCACGGAAAAGUGAUGACCCUGCCGAUUAUAAAGAGGGAGCUGCGAGAUCUCAGAUGUUGCGACGGCGAUGCUGUUUCCUUGGAGUGUAAAGUCUACGCCACUCCGGAACCGCCGUUGAUUCGUUGGGAACGAGGUGGCAAGAUCAUAGCUAUGAUCGGCGAUUUCGCCACCGAAUUCGAUGGCGAAACGGCCCGAUUAAGUAUUCAGCACGUCUAUCCUGAGGACGAAGGAGAGUACACAUGUGUGGCUUACAACGACCUUGGCAAAGCGUACACUUCGGCGUGUCUAGUUGUGGAUGUACCUGAGGGGAAGGAAAAUAUCCUGAGUCAAAGAUUAACGAGGCCAGCGGGUUUGCUGUCGGCAGGAUCGACCCCGAGAUCAACUCCGCGAUCGACGCCAAUCAGGAGUCUGUCACCAGCGGUUCCGCACGGACGCGAGUUCAGAUCACCCCAAGUUCUGCUGCGAGGCGGUACGUCGUCGAAACGACCGAAGGCUUGCCCGCCAAAAUUUUACGCGGUGCCGCACAAUCGCCUGGUUCAGGAAGGCGAGACUGUUCGUUUCCAAUGCGCGGUGAUCGGUCAUCCCGCGCCCUGGAUACGAUGGGACAAGAACGGUACCAUCGUGACGCCGAGCGCGAGGAUCUCCAUCAAGGAGCGAGAUGACGUUAAGAUACUUGAAAUCGCUGAUGUAAUGCGAGAGGAUGCCGGUCUCUACAGAGUGACGGCGGAGAACGAUUUUGGCCGGAUCGAGGCCAGCGCUCGUCUAGAAGUAAUAAGUCGAUACGAAUCGACAAGUCGGACUAUCAGAACCAGAAGCGCCUCGCCUAGGACUUAUCCUUCCUUCGAUCGGAGUCUCCUGUCAACCACCAGCAGAAUCAACGAACGCUUGCAGCUGGAAUGUCGUAUAAGAGGAUCACCGAGUGUAACGUCGACGUGGUACAGGAAUGGACGACCACUGGAACGAUCCGCUAGGAUAAAGAGACAUUUUGACGGCACGACGGCCAGAAUCGAAAUAUCGAAGGUGAAGGCCAGCGACGCGGGUGAAUAUACUUGUGUAGCAACUAAUGUCCUUGGAUCAACGAGAAGCAGUUGUCAGGUAACUAUAUUACAUCCACAUGACUCGUCUAUCGCAGACAAGGACGCACCGCGAUUUCUCCGAAUGUUGCCGGAAGAGUCGAUUGUCAUGGAAAAUCAUUGUCACGAAUUUCAGACGGUAGUCGCAGGUACGCCUCCUUUCACGGUCACUUGGUCCAAGGACGGUCGCGAGUUACCCGACGACGAUUAUUACAGAUGCAUUAUAUACGGAGAUGGGGGAGUUGCUCUUAGAUUAUCCGAGGUUCGCCCACAAGAUGCCGGCGAAUACACCUGUGUCGUACGAAACGAUUUCGGUGUUGCGUCCUGUAAUAGUCUUUUUGCUGUUCAAGACUACAAAGACGUUCCCAAAUUGGCACCGCAAUUUACAAAAACUCCACUGUCAAUCGUCGCCGUUAAAGGCACUACUGCGUGUUUCUGUGCUCGAACGCAGUGCGAAAGAACCAUGGAAUUCACUUGGACGAUCAACGGGAAAGACGCUAGGGAAAACGCAAAGUGUAAAAUCGAAAGGGAUGGCAAUGUCAGCAUCUUGCGAAUAGGCGACAUAUCAUCGCGCGAUACAGGAGAGAUUCGAUGCACAGCCUCCGUAAAUGGAAAAGGUCCGUCCAUCAGUUGCGUCGCGAAAUUACAUUUACAACGUUCGUUACACGAUUCCAGCGACAGCAACCUUUCGUCGAUUUCUGUAAUGACAAAGCCCGGAGAAAUGCAAUCGCGUGUGCAGACUAAGCUAUCGCUGAACAUUAAUAACCCAGGCAUGCCAGAAAAAGUCACGCAGCUAUCGUUAUUAAAACACGAGACCCAGAGAACCAGAUCAUCUUCGUUUCCUCGACGGAUUGUACCUUACGCGAAGAACGUUUCUCCUUUGCCAGCAAGAAAACGCAUUCCUAACAAUGCUGAUAUUCUGAAAUCACGAUUUGAAAAUCACGAUCCAUCGCGACAGAGAAUCGCAGAGAAGAAUUUAGACAGGAACGUAGAAUUUUCGAACGAUCGAAAAUUAUUAUUCUCAAUAAAUGAGGAUUUUUCGAUGAAAUUAUUAUCACCAAAGAAAACGGAACAGUUUCAUCGGGAUACUAAUGUAUCGAACGAAGAGUGUGCGGAAACGCUCUUAGAAGAUUUGAUGAAAGCUACGAUAAUAAACGAUCCAGAUGACGUCACCGUAUUUAGAGGAAACAGGGCAGUGCUCAGAGUAAGUUAUCAAGGACGUCCCGAACCGAAGGUCAAGUGGCUUCGAGUGAAUCGCGAACUGCAGCCAGAUGAGAGGAUUAGGAUAAUCAGCGGAAACGGUACGUCUUGCCUGACCCUAGACGAGGUGACAUACGACGACGCUGGAAAAUACGAGGUCUCAGUGGAAAAUUCAUUGGGCAAAGAACGAAGAUUCUUCAGCUUGGCUGUAGAAGGUCCACCCGAGCCAGUCGCGGAUAAACCUAGCGUGAACCUCAACACAGAUCAAGCUACGAUCGCCUGGAGAUCACCACCUUACGACGGAGGUCGCACGGUUAUAGGAUACACCGUGGAAGCGAAACGCGCCGGUGAAAGCACGUGGACGGUAAUCGCAGAGUCUUGUCAUUCACUGAGUCACACGGUAUCGUCGGCUCAAACUAAUUCUGUGACACCGGGUGAGAGUUAUCGUUUCCGCGUCCGAGCUGAAAAUAUUCACGGCCUCAGCGAACCUAGCAUGGAGUCCGAUCCCGUCAGAAUCCCAAAGCAGGGAGAAAUAAUGUUGGAAGAGGAAGAAGAAGACAAUUUCGAGCCGAGCUUCGCAGCUCGUAUAGUGGAACCGGAAGAGGGAAGAUUAUUCGGCGAAAAGUACAAGGUACUUGAAGAGCUAGGAAAAGGUCGAUACGGUAUAGUUAAAAAGAUCAUCGAGAAUGAGACGAACAUGAAUUUCGCUGCCAAAUUCGUCCGAACAAUUAAAGCGAAAGAUCGCGAACAGGUGCGCGAAGAAAUAAAAAUUAUGAAUGCAUUAAGGCAUCCUAAACUUCUACUUCUGGCUGCUGCUUACGAAAGUCCUCGUGAAACUGUAUUGAUCACGGAAUAUAUUUCAGGUGGAGAACUAUUCGAGAGGGUGGUGGCCGACGAUUUUACUUUAACCGAGAGGGACAGUAUCCUCUUCAUGCGACAAAUUUGUGAGGGAGUCGAGUAUAUGCACAAAAAUAAUAUCGUACAUCUCGAUUUAAAACCCGAAAAUAUAAUGUGCCGUACGCGUACUUCUCAUCAGAUUAAACUGAUUGAUUUUGGAUUGGCUCAGACUUUAAAAUCCGACACGCCGAUCAGAGUGCUUUUUGGCACCCCGGAGUUUAUUCCACCGGAAAUCAUAAGUUACGAGCCUAUCAGCACCGAGUCGGAUAUGUGGAGCGUCGGUGUAAUUUGCUAUGUACUAUUGACUGGUUUGUCGCCAUUCAUGGGAGAUAACGAUGCCGAGACCUUCGCUAACAUCACACGAGCGGAUUAUGAUUUAGAAGACGAAGCUUUCGAUGCCAUAUCGAAUAACGCCAAAGAUUUUAUCAGUGGAUUACUUAUUAAACGAAAGGAAUUACGCAUGUCAGCCACACAAUGUUUAGACCAUCCAUGGAUAGCGCAACACGCGGCGACAAUGAGCAGAAUAGUUUUGCCGACAGAAAAAUUGAAGAAGUUUAUUAUACGAAGAAAAUGGCAGAAAACAGGAAAUGCCAUUCGCGCAUUGGGAAGAAUGGCAAAUCUUUCUGCACAUAACAGACGUAGUCCUACAGCAACGACGGAGUCGUCACCUACGCUCGAAAAAGAAUUCGAAAUGCAAUAUUCCGAUGAUAAAUCAAUCUGCACUGCCGUCGACGAGGACACGGAACAUAUCGUGAUAAACGCGAAAGAAAAUUCUGAGACAGAAUCAUGGACACGUCCUACGUAUGUGACGGAAGUAAUUACCGAGAUACAAAAGACACCCACGAAGGAAGAAAGUAGCUUGAAUGAUCUUUCGAGUCAGACGAAAGAAAAAACGUGUAAAUUACAUAUCGAAUUAAUUCCAAAAAUACAAGAUGUCACGGAGGUUUUAGCGUCGAAAGAAAAUGAGAAAAGUGGCAAAGAGGAAAAAUCCUUCCAAGUUGACGCGAUUCCGAAAUCACAAGCAUUGCGUAGGGUAUUUCGCGGAGAUUCGCGCGAUUCCGGAAUAGGAGAUUGCGGUUCGAGCCAAGUAACAUCCUCAUUGCAAAUAGAUGAAUUAGAGUCCACUAUUGUGGAAGAAGGAGAUCAUGAGACUCAUAAUCGAGAAAGUAAACAACGGGCAUCGAAGGAGGAAGAAAAUCGGCAAAGUUCAACCGCGGGGAUCCUAGUAAGUUUCUCACAAGACAAGAAAACCUCUCUUCUUCACGAUACCGAAAUUGUUGCGGGCAACGACAAGGUAGCUACAAAGAGUGACGUGACUAAAGCUUCGUGUGAAACUAAUCCUGUGCGGAAAGUUGCCGACGAAAAUGCGAACGCAAGGAUAAGCGGACGUAACCGCGAUAGAUUCCUUCCAACCGGAAACGUCAGUCGCACGGCCAAGAUAUUCGAAAGGGAAAGUGAAACAUCGAAGGACAAUUCGCAAGUUCCGCAACGCGCGUAUCCUGCCGCUCUGGUUACAGGAAAGCCGCACAACGAAAGAAUACAGAAAGCUUUUGCCUUCUGGAACAAAUAAAGAUCGAUCUGUUGAAACUAUAUCGGCAUCGCGAAUCAAAUCGAAAUAGAUCAAUCUUCGUACCAUUUUCAAGCGAUAUAGAAAUGCAUUGCAAAAGAAAAUCAUGAAUAUAUAGAAAUAUUGUUCUUUACGUACAUAUAUGUAAAGUAGUAAUGUACAAUCUUGAAUAUAUAUAUCUGUGUUGAAGUCAUAAUCCUUGCUCGUUCCUAACAUUCAAAAUUGAAUAUGAAUUGUUUUAUCAAUUGUAUCAAUAACAAUCGUACCAAUGUGACGAAGAGACACGCACUUGUUAGAAUGAGUGAUCAUUUUCAUAAAAAAAAAACUUAUAUGAGAAUAAUUUGUAUAACUUUUAUUGCGUCGCAGAAUUUGAGAAAAAAUCCAAUUCUCAAUAUCUGCAAUUUGGUUUUUAAUUUUUUCUAUUUAAUCGCUAAUAUUGUAAUUGUAUUCGCAAGUUGAAAGAAUAUUCUUCGAAAUGUUUAUCGAAAGUACAUUUCAAUUCUAAACAGAACAUCCGUGUUGCAUAUAGAUAUAUAAAAUAUAUAUAUUUAUGUGCAUAUAAUCGAUAUUUUUGUUAAAUAUAACUUUAGUACAUAUACAUGAAAAAUCUUGAAGAAAUGUAUACUUAUGUACAUAUAACUGAAUACAAAAUGUUUCUUGACGAUUGAUAUAAUAUAUCCGGUAUAAUGCUCUCCAACAAAAUAUAAUUAUAUUGGAUGCAAAAGUCCACUUUAUUAAAUCUAAAAUUAUUCUAUGCGAACAUAUCCCUACAGUUGUAUUGCAAAGAUAAGACAGUCGCUGUAUUAUUAUUAUAAAUAAAUUACAUAGAAAAAAUAAAAGAUA